GCCGAAAAACAAGCUGAAGCUGCGGAAGCUGCAGUGGUAGCAGCUGCAGUGACUGUGACUCCAAAAGUAAGCCCUAAAAGAGGAAGACCAGCAGCUACUGAAGUAAAGGUUCCAAAACCAAGAGGGAGACCCAAAUUGGUGAAACUACCUUGUCCUUCAGAGACCAACAUUGUUCAUGAAGAGGAGAAGACAAAGAAAAAAGGACUGGAAGAAAAGCCCAAAAAACAAGGGAAAAAAGAUGAGGAGAGUCAGAAGGAAGACGACAAAUUGAGGAAGGAAUUUGAUAGAAGAGAAGCAAAGAGGGAGACCGAACCAAAAAGGAGAAAUACUUCCCAAGUGGGUUCUGCAUCAGCAUCUGAUUCUGAAGAGGAUGAAGGAGAACAUGAAGGUGAUAAGAAGAAAAAAGGAGGGAGAAACUUUCAAGGAGCUCAUAGAAGAAACAUGUUACAAGGCCAACAUGAGAGAGAACCGACAGAAAGAAAGUGUAAGCAAGAGGAGCAAAUGGAAUCCGAGCCGCAAAAUAAAGAAGAAGGUAAGAAAUCAGAAGUUAAGAGGAUGGAGAAGAAGAGAGAAACAUCAAUGGAUUCUAGGCUUCAAAGGAUACAUGCAGAAAUUAAAAACUCACUCAAAAUUGAUAAUCUAGAUGUGAACAGGUGUAUUGAGGCUCUUGAUGAGCUUGCUUCCCUUCAGGUCACAAUGCAACAAGCUCAAAAACACACAGAGAUGAUUUUGACUCUAAAGAAGAUACGGAAGUUCAAAGUUAGCCAAGUUAUCAUGGAAAAAUCUACAAUGCUCUAUAACAAGUUCAAGACCAUGUUUCUAGUUGGAGAAGGAGAUUCUGUUCUCUCACAGGUACUAAAUAAAUCACUUGCUGAGCAGAAGCAGCAUGAAGAAACCAAAAAACCCAAAGAACAUUGGAAGAAAGGUCCAACUAAAAAAACAGAAAAGGAAAAAGAACUAACAGGUGCGAAGACACUAAAUGGAGGGUCUGAAACUCAGGACAUCAACCAAUCACAACAGAAUGGAGAGAACACUGAGGAAAAGAAAGAGAAGCAUGAAGUUGGCACUAAGAAAAAAACAUCAGGUGAAGAGAGAGAGCUUGAAAAUCCAAAGGAAUCUCUUUGAAAAGAAAUUAUGCCACUGGAGUCUUUUUUUUCUUUUUUUUUUUUUUAAUACAAAAUAAAAGUGAUUAAGUUUUGCGUUUGAAAU